AGCUAGCCGACGAACUGGUGAAAUGGAGAUAUGACGGAGUUAUAACGUCUUAUUACAUGUGCAGGAGUAAGUUAUUACAAACAUAAAGUGCACAACAGCCCCAACGUUGAAAAAGGUUACCGGUGAGCUUUGGCUCUUCAGAAAAAUAUGGAGGACGGAAACAGGAAUGAUGCUGCGUCCACAUCCAAGAGCCACGCAGGCUCAAUCCACCUGCAGACGCCAAAAAAUGAGGAUGCCUAUGAAAUUUCCAUCCCCUAUGAGGAGAGCAACUUUGAGCAGCAGGGAUUUUUCAACCAGAGUGAUCAGAAUUUUGAUGAGUCGCCCUCGUCAGCUGGUCCAUCUCCAGUCAACAAUUCCUACAUGGUGAUCACCAACCUGCGGACCCAGCUGCAGAUCUCUCUGGAGAAGAACUCUUGGCUGCAGAAAAGAAUUGAGGACUUGGAAGAGGAAAGGGACUUCCUCCGUUGCCAGCUGGACCGGUUCAUCUUUUCCACAAAGAGCCAGGGACAGGAGCAGAGCCAGAGCCAGUACAGUAAUGGAUAUGAAUCAAGACGAUUUAACUGGAGGGCAAGACGAGAGGAAGAUCGUCCUGCUGAACAACAAAAGACCGACUCUCAGCAUUUUUCCUCACGUCACUUCAUGCAGCGAAGGCCUGGUCCUCCAACCAUGGUGCCUUCAAAAAACCACGUGACCAGUUCGUUGACCAAUCAGCUUGCAUCUAUGAAUGCUCUCUUCAACUCCACACAAUCCCAGGCCAUUUUGCAAGGCCAUAGCCAUAGUACUUCCAGUACCACAGCCAGUGGCAGCAGUGGCAACAGUAACAGUGCUACAAGGUCGUCCAUGAAUGAAAUGAGUGGGCAUAGCAACGUAGGCCCAGAUUCCCUCUCACUACUGGGCGAAUCAGAUGAGUAUCUUGAGCAGGAUGGCUACAUUGAGGAGGAGGAGGAGAUGAUAUCAGGGGAAGAUGUGAUGUCAGAUACCAUUAAUAGCAACAGACACCAGUUAAAAAGAAGGCGGGUCUUCCGAGCUCCAAGAGAACGGCAAAGAGUGAAAGAUGCUGCUGGAGUGCUUUUCCGCUACAAGAAGAUUCUGCUUACAUACCAGCGACUCAAAAAUAUGUCCAAAGCCUUCCAGAUUCAUGGCGUUGACCGCAACACAGUGGCCUCUACCACACCCAUUGCUGAGCUGCUACUAGUGGCUCCAGAGAAGGUGGCAGAAGUGGGGGAGUUUGACCCAUCCAAGGAGAAGCUGUUGGAUUAUGCCCGGCGCUGCUACACUGCCCUGGAUGAAGAGACACUUAACAGAGUCCAAGCCCUGAAGAAGAAUAACCUGCUUCUACCCAUCUCCUACAGGUUCAGACACUAAGGGAGGAGAUGUCUCUAGACAACAAUGAUGUGAGUAGUUAGGUGAGAAAAAGAAAAAGGCAGUUGGGUUCUGCUGCAGCAGGCCAGUUCACCCCCAAGGAACAGAGAUGUUGAGGUUAUUUUUUUAUUAUUAUUAUUUAUUAUUUUACUAUCUCAGCAGUCUGGAUAUGGCCAUGUAAACUGUGACUGACAUACUCUUUAUCUCAGACAAAGCCUUCACAUCUUAUUUUUACAAGCAUCCACACAGUGCAGGUCAGGCUUUUCAACAAAUCUUUACUUCAGUGGGUGUUAAGGAUGUGGGGGUGCCUGCUGCAGGCAGAAAGGAAAAAAAAAAAAAACAUGCUUCUGUUGUUGAGGGCAGGAUGACAUGUCUGGGUGAUCCAGAUUUGGUGAACAACAAUGUGUCUUUACUGGGAUUGUAGAGGAGACUGUUUUUCCCAGUACUUAACUGAGUGUCUCCAGCUUAUCUCAUUUAAGUUCCAGCCUUUAUCUCGCAGAGAUGAACUGUUGUUUCCUCUUCUGUUCACAAAAUCUGAAUCAGCUAGAGGUCAGGAGUUCAGUGUUUUACUGUCAAGAUCGCUUUUGUUAGUGACAUCUUAAAUCACUUUAUAUCAUAGUAAGUCGUAUCAAUUUAUGUGUACGCAAUUUUUUGACACAGUUUUAAGCAUAUGGUAGCCUUCAAUCACAGUGUCCAUUUAUGGUAAAAUUCUGCUUCACUCCCUAGAUUUUAUAGAAUAUUGAUAUACCUUACAUCACAAUUUAAUUAUGUUUACAUUCCACAGAUCCUUUGUUCUAUUAUUUUUACAUUUGUCAUCAUACUCUCCCUUAAUUUUACUUGCCUUAACACAUUUUUUUGUGAGUUCCUUGCAUGAGAGAAGCUCUUCUUUUCUCCAAAGGAGAGGAAAUGGAUACAAUCAUGACUUGGCUAUAAUUAGGAGUGUGGUACAAAUGGUGUUUUUGUCAAUAUCAUACUUCUAGGCAUCUGAGAAACAAUUUUGAGUUUCAAAUUAAAAUAGCCAGAAAAAUAUUACUGAUAUUUUUGUGUUUGCUUAAACUUCAGGUGACCAAGUAGCGUCAUUUACGACCUCAGCCAUAUUUAUGUGCAUCAUUGUGAUCUCCUAAUUGUAAAAAUGUUUCCUGUCAUGAAUUGGUCGGUCUGCUUCUCCUACAACUUUUCACCAUUUUUUACCGGAAUAGGCCCAUUUUGUGGCCAGGAUAAUGGAAAGUUGUGAGAUGUCACGUAUGAACCUGUAAUCUUUACAUCAUAAUGCGUUGUAUCGCACCAUGGCUAACAGACCUAUCAAUAUUCAGACAUCAUGAAGCACAUGUGGUUUGACAGCCAAGCAACUGGAGGCAGGCAGGUUACCCAGACACUACAUUCCUGGUACUGAUCGCUGCGUGGAUGAACACCUGGUAGAGUUCUGGGGCAGGUGCACUUUCAGGCAGUACAUUCCCUCUAAACCAGCUGACUGUGGCAUAAAGAUCUGGUGGAACUGAUCUUGGAACAUUUUAGAAUAUCUGUCAUAGAUAAAGGAAACCGUUUAGGUAUGAUAAACAUGAAUAAUGGGGUCAUAAAUGACCACUCAGUCGCUUUAGUCAUAAAAUAGCUCGGUUGCUUGAGGGUUAGUAUUAAUAAUAAUAUGACUUCCAGUUGGUCUUCUGUCCAGUUUUAACAACAACAGUGCUGUAUUACUUCACUGAGGAGUGCAACAGUCCUUUUUGUACAUGAUCUGCACUAAAUUACAGUAGAUGUCACUUCUUAUGCUUCUGAUACUGAGGCUUCUAUAAUGCAUUGUGACACUAACACAUUUUGUAAAAUAUGGUUUUGGAGCCUUUACACCAGUUAUUAUUACUAUACUGGUUUUAAGUAACAUUGUGUAACUUUUGGUUCCUUGUGAAAAAUUGUGAAACAUUUUUACUGUGUUAAUUACAACUUUAGCACAAGGGGCUAGCUUAUGCUGACAGAGGAUGCAUUUUUCAUUCCCAGUGCUUUCUCAUUGUCACUACAAGUGCAUGUGAAAAGAGCUCUUCAGUGAUCUGUAGUUUAUAAGGGUAUUUUAUAUUUCAAAGAGGCACACACAUUGACUAUAUUGUACAGUAAUGUAUGGUGUGUAUACCAGUGAAGUGAGAAAAUAAGCUCUCUUAGACUAAAACAGACUAGGUUGCAGUGAGAUACUGUUUAAAUUUUCAUAUCUCAAUAACCUGUUUUGCUAACAGUGAUAAGUACUCCAAUUUGUGGACCUCAAGAGAGUUUUAGUGUCUGGCUGUAGAACUAAAGAGCAAGCAGUGAAGCUGCUAAAGUGUCUUUUAAAAUUCAUACCAGUGUGCAGUGUUUAAAAAACGUAACAUAUUAGUCACCAAAUGUAUAGUAAGACUCAGAAGUCAUUAAAGCAUAGAUUUCAUACAAAAUGUUGAUUUAUUCAUCUGUAAAAUUGCACAGCACCACUGUUUAUGAUCAUGAACUGUACUGUUAGAACAUAAUACUAAUUAAAAUAUUUCAUUUCUGAAAAAUAGGUCUAAUUUCUUAUUUUGUUCUGUCCUGUUAUUGUUAUUGCAAUAAUUAUAUCGUUGUGCGAAAGACUGUGAUCUCCAAAAGAGUGGGUUAUUCUUUUGAUUUCUAUUUUAAUGCACUUACCAACAUGAAGUGUCUCAGUAAGUUACUGUGCCACCCCAUUCUAUCCAGAACAGCUUCUAUCCAACUUUUCUACUGAAGACACGCCUCAGUUGCUGAUUUGAUGGAGCAUGCUGUCCAAUGUGUUGGUACAAAAUUGAAAACUAAUACUGGGCUGAGAGCUGGUGGGUGUAAUUGCCCAAGUUCACAGUGCUGUGAAAAAGUAUUUGCCCCUUUACUGAUUUCUUGUUUUUUGCAUAUUUGUCACACAU